AUGGGAGAGUUAAGCUACUCUCUGGGAUUACAAGUUAAGCAGACUGAGGAAGGAAUCUUCAUCAAUCAGUCCAAAUACACCAGAAACUUGCUUACAAAAUUUGGAAUGCAAGAUAGUUCUGCUGCAACAACUCACAUGGCAACAGCCACAAAAUUAGAUAAAGAUUCUGGAGCCCCAGUAGAUAUCACCACCUACAGAGGAAUGAUUGGUUCACUUAUUUAUCUAACUGCAAGUAGACCUAACAUCAUGUAUGCUACAUGUCUCUGUGUAAGAUUUCAAGCUGAUCCCAGAGAACCAUAUUUAGUUGCAGCAAAGAGAAUCUUCAAUUAUCUCAAAGGCACUAUUAAUCUAGGAUUAUGGUACCCAAGAGAAUCAGAUUUUAAACUAAUUGGUUACUCAGAUGUAGAUUUUGCAGGUUGCAAAAUAGACAGGAAAAGCACAAGUGGAAGCUGCCGAUUUAUUGGAGGCAGAUUGGUUUCUUGGUUUAGCAAGAAACAAAAGUCAAUCUCCACAUCCACUGCAGAAGCAGAGUAUAUUGCGGUAGGGAGUUGUUGUGCUCAGAUUCUCUAUAUGAAGAAUCAACUGCUGGAUUAUGGGUUAACUCUAUCUCAAAUCCCUAUUUACUGUGAUAAUCAGAGUGCUAUUGCCAUGAUAGGUAAUCCAGUACAGCAUUUUAUGACAAAUUGUUAG